UUUCCCUUAGAGUCCAAGCCAUAGUCGGUAUGCUCAAAGCCCUGAAAGAGGAGGGGAUUGAAGAACUGCACAGUGGGUCAAAUGUGAAACGCCUUCUGAACCGUCUUCCUCGUUCACAACAAACCCAAUUCAGGAGGCAUCACCUCAAAAGAAACCCAGAUAAGACUAAGUUCUCCCUCCUCGAGUUUGCAGACUGGCUACAGCUAGAAGCCAACUGUAUGGAAUUCGACCCAACUGAUGAGACAAGAACCUUAAAACGAGAUCAAAGGGCAGUGAUUCGGGGACAAAGCAAACAAACGACCAUACUGCAUGGCGUAGAACAAAGACAGGCCACAGAACCAUUACCUAAACCCAAAGCAGUUCAUCCCAAAGUACCUACCAAGCCCAAAGCCGUCUGUCCAUACUGUCGUGCAGAACAUUACCUCAGCCAGUGUACCGUAUUCACAGCAUUAACUAAGGAGCAAAUGGUUGGAUGGAUCAAAGACAAUAAACGAUGCUGGAAAUGUGCACGCUCCCACAUGGCCAAAGACUGUGACCUAAAGAGACCUUGCCAUCUUUGCCAAGCCAAACACCUCUCCAUACUCCACGAUAUCAACCAAAGGAAAGGUGAGGUUACCAGUGAGAACAAUAGCCUGUACAACUCCACCACAGAGACUCUUUACUUAGACCAACCUCGUUGUGGUGGGAAGGUGUUCCUGAAAGUUGUUAAGGUUACCAUCCAUCAUCAACAGAAAACUUUGGACACGUUUGCUGUACUGGAUGAUGGCUCAGAGCGCACCAUUCUGCUUGACACAGCUGCACAGCAUCUCGGAUUAAAGGGCAAACCAGAGCAACUUAAUUUACAGACGGUACACCAAGACAUCAGGACAUUGCAUGGCACUUCUGUAGACUUCAGCUUAUCCACCCCAAGUAACCCUAGGAAAAGGUUCAGCAUCCAGGGGGCCUUCACAGCUGAUCAAUUUGGUUUAGCAGAAUACAUCUAUCCUUUGAAUACCCUGCAGGAAAGGUACAGACACCUGAGAGGGAUUCCUAUACCACCUCUGGUUAAAGCUUGUCCGCUUCUUCUUAUUGGUUCGGAUCACACUGAGCUCAUAACCCCAAUUGAACCUGUGCGACUGGGUCCACCUGGGGGUCCAGCUGCUGUCAGAACUCGCCUUGGCUGGACCUUGCAAGGCCCUUCCAAACAUCUGCAGGAUCAACUCUCAGUAUCCCAUUGUCUGUUCACAUCCAACUGCUCCCCAUCUGUAGAACUGUAUCAUCAAGUUGAACGGUUAUGGCAGAUGGACAUCCUACCUUAUCGCUGUGAAAAGAUGGUAAUAAGGUCACAACAGGACAGAGAAGCACUGAACAUGCUGGAGGCACAAACUGUGCGAGUAAAAGUAGAUGGAGUUGAACGAUACGCCACUCCGCUUUUGAGAGUUAAAACUAUGCCCCUGUUACAUGCUCCAAAGGAUGCUGUGAUGUGCCACCUCCGUAGCACUGAACGUCGGUUAGCAAAGGACCUACCAUUAGCUAACAAGUACAAAGAAGAGAUCCAGAAAUUGGAGAGAGCUGGUUAUGCCACUAAGAUAUCAUCUGAAGAAGCAGCCCAAUCUACAGAAUCAUGGUAUCUACCCCACCAUCUUGUCACCCACAAUGGUAAACAUAGAGUGGUGUUUAACUGCUCAUACACCUACAAUGGUCAAAAUCUAAACAAGUUUCUGUUACCUGGACCUACGCUGGGCCCCUCUCUCCUUGGAGUGUUGAUCCGCUUCAGAGAACAUCGAGUAGCCAUCAGUGGAGACAUAAAGGGAAUGUUCCAUCAGGUCCGCCUGCUCCCCAGAGACAAACCCCUCCUAAGGUUCUUGUGGCGAGAUCUAAAGCCUGAAAACCCACCUGAUGUAUAUGAGUGGCAGGUUCUUCCAUUUGGCACAACCUGUAGCCCCUGUUGUGCGACAUUCGCAGUACAGCGACACGUUUUUACUCAUUGCCAGCCGGGUGAUAAGUUACGGCAGUCAGUUGAACGCUGCUUUUAUGUCGACAACUGUUUACAGAGCACUGCAUCCUUAACUGAAGCCAAGGAGCUGAUUAAUGGGUUAAGGUCCCUACUGGCUUCAGGCGGGUUUGAAAUCCGUCAGUGGGCGAGCAACGAAGCCUCAGUGGUUAGCCAUCUUCCCAAAGAGGCUAGAUCAGAGAACACUGAGUUGUGGAUUUCCCUCAGCCAAUCAGAUCCUCAAGAGAUGACCCUGGGAUUAAACUGGCGGUGCGUUCUAGACACCCUCCAUUACCGUCAUCGUCCUCUAUCCUACCAUGAGGUAACAAUGAGAAACAUUUACCGUGUUCUCGCCAGCCAGUAUGACCCCUUGGGUUACAUGAUACCUUUCACAACCAGGGCUAAAACCUUAGUGCGACAACUGUGGGUGAAGGAAAGAGAAUGGGAUGACCCCCUUCUUCCUUCAGAACUGCUACGGGCCUGGCAAAAAUGGGAAGCAGAACUGGAACAUCUACCACUGAUCACCAUACCUUGGUGUUAUGUGUCAGCCAUGCUAGAUGUCCCAGAGGCAGAACGAGAACUUCACAUCUUCUGCGACGCCUCUGAGACAGCCUAUGGAUCAGUAGCAUACCUCCGUACUGAACACCAAGGCCAAGUGGAAGUGGCAUUCAUCCACGCCAGAUCAAGAGUAUCUCCAAAAAGGCAACAGUCAAUGCCUCGGCUUGAACUCUGUGCUGCCCUCACUGGAGCACAGUUAGCCAAGAUACUUCAUAAUGAGCUCUCAUUGGAAAUUAGGAACACAUUCUUGUGGAGUGACUCAACAACAGUACUCACCUGGCUGAAAUCGGAGUCCUGCAGAUUUAAAGUUUUUGUAGGAACCAGAGUAACCGAGAUACAAGAACUUACAGAAGGUCAUUGCUGGCGCUACGUAGAUUCAGUUAACAAUGUUGCAGAUGACAUCACACGUGGCAAAACCUUGCUUGAAUUAUCCCAACCCAAUCGAUGGUGUAAAGGGCCAGACUUCCUCUACCUACCACCCGCAUCAUGGCCAGAAACUCCUGCCAUUGGGCUGAAUGAUGACCCCACCAAGCUUCGUAACACAAAGUUUUGUGGCCUCACUUUGACUUAUACUGGAUUAUCACUGCCAGAUGCUACCCAGUUCUCAACCUUUGAGGAACUCCUGGAAGCUACUUGCAGAUCCAGUCAGGGGUUGGUGGGGGAAACGGGUGACCCAGGAGCACCGGAGUACCAGCAGUCUGAAUCAAGUCUUUUGAGGCAAGCCCAAUUAGACAGUUUCCCCACAGAAUAUCAAGCUUUAACAACUGGCAAGCCGAUCCCUUUGUCCAGUCGUCUGCUCACAUUGUCACCAGAGUUGGAUAAAACGACUGCACUCAUCCGUGUAGGAGGACGACUGCGCCGAGCUACCAACCUGAGUUACAGUACUCUGCACCCCAUAGUCUUGGACCCAAAACACCCUAUUACCCGCCUCCUUAUAAAGCAGUAUGAUACCAAACUCUGCCAUCCUGGUCCAGAAAGGGUAUUUGCAGAAAUGCGAAGAUAUUACUGGAUACUCAGAGGGAGAGAAGCAAUACGGCGCCAUCAACAUUCUUGUGUCGAAUGCCAAAAGUGGAGAGCUAAACCUAAAAUUCCAAAAAUGGCAGAACUUCCCCCAGCCAGACUCCGCCUGAUGAAACCAGCUUUCUAUUCCACAGGGAUAGAUUGCUUUGGCCCAUUCCUAGUAAAGCGAGGAAGGAGUAAUGAAAAGAGGUGGGGAAUAAUUUUUAAGUGCAUGACCACCCGCUGUGUCCACUUGGAUUUACUGAGUAACAUGGAUACAGACUCCUUUCUGAUGGCCAUUAGGCGUAUGGUUGCUCGUCGUGGAACGCCUUUUGAAAUCUUGGCAGAUCAGGGCACCAACUUUCGAGGAGGUGAUAAGGAGCUACAGAUAGCUUUCGCUUCCAUGAGCCCACACCUCCAAAACCAGUUAGCAAAACAGAAGAUCCAGUUUCAUUACAAUCCCCCAAAUGCCCCACAUUUUGGAGGUAUGUGGGAGCGUGAAAUCCGCUCAGUUAAAACUACCAUGCGUACCAUCAUCGGGUCCCAGACUCUCACAGAGGAAGUCCUCAGAACACUCCUUAUAGAAGUGGAGACUAUACUCAAUGCAAAGCCAUUGGGUUAUGUUUCUUCUGAUGUAGCUGAUCCAGAUCCAGUGACCCAAAAUUACCUGUUGAUGGGGCGGCCAGAUGCAUCACUACCACAAGUGAUUUACCCAGAAUCCGAAAUUCUUAGUCGGAAAAGAUGGCGGCAAUCACAAGUACUGGCAGAUCAGUUUUGGACAAGUUUUAUAAAGAAUUACUUGCCCACCCUGCAGCCACGGCAAAAAUGGAUGAGAGACUCCAACAACCUCACACCUGGGACUUUUGUGAUAAUUGACUACCAGCUUCCCCGAGCUCUUUGGCCUGUCGGCAAAGUAGUAACCAUAUACCCUGGAUCAGAUGGCAAUGUCCGUUCUGCAGAAAUUGAGGUAAAGAACAAGCACUACCAUCGACCAGUGUCUCGUCUCAUCACACUGCCCGCCAUCCCAAAUAAUGACCCUGCAACAGACUAAAUAAGGAGGAUAGAAAGUACAUUUGCAAAGCAAAUGUAGGGGCGGCUGUAGAAGAGGAACGUCAACUGCACCAUCUGCUGGACACUCUUAGGCAUGCAAGUUAACAAGCAUCCAGGCCACCGUAGUUAUCAUGCACUGAUCACGCAAAAGUACAGCCAAUCAAAUCACAGUGUUGUCGGAUGACUAUUAAAGUAGAACCUUUAAGCUUCGUUUUGCUUUGUCAGAAAGAGAUGGUUUGUGUGUUGUUUUCUCCUGAUUCAUGUCAAAGUUGUGUGCGUUAAUGACCAAAAACCACACACACGCAUAUAUCCACAUGACCAUGCACAAGUUUGUAUUGACCAAUGGCAACGUACCAAUGUAACCAGUAAACUUGAUGGAUAUUAAAAUAAAUUGACUGGAGUUCCUGUCUCCGUGUCCUUACCGACACUCCAUGGCGAUGACCAAGUAUACCUAAGAACCAGCACACCUUCCC